AGCCGGGCCGCAGCCGGAGCCAUGUCCGCGGGCGGAGCAGCGCAGCGCGAUGCCGGGGCCGCCGCCGGGCGCCGCAGUAAAUGGGACCAGCCCGGCCCGGCCCCCGCCUUCCUCCUCCCGGGCACGGCGCCGCUGCCCGGGCGGCCCUUUCCCGGCGGCGGCGACGGCGGCUCCGCGGUGGCGGGGUCCGAGAGCUCCGCGGCGCCCUCGGGAGCGCUGGAUGCGGCCGCGGCCGUGGCCGCCAAGAUCAACGCGAUGCUGAUGGCCAAGGGGAAGCUGAAGCCGGCGCCCAGCACCGCAGACAAGCUGCAGGCGCUGGGAAAAGGUCCAGCUACAAAUAAAAGCAAAGAUGACCUUGUGGUGGCAGAGGUGGAAAUCAAUGACGUGCCCCUCACGUGCAGGAACCUGCUGACGAGAGGACAGACUCAGGAUGAGAUAAGUCGCCUGAGCGGAGCGGCUGUAUCGACCCGCGGGAGGUUCAUGACAGCAGAAGAGAAAGCCAAAGUGGGACCAGGAGAUCGUCCUUUAUAUCUUCACGUCCAGGGCCAGACACGGGAGCUGGUUGACAGAGCUGUUAACAGAAUUAAAGAGAUCAUUACUAAUGGAGUAGUGAAAGCAGCUACAGGCUCUAGUCCGACCUUCAACGGAGCUACAGUUACUGUCUACCACCAGCCAGCCCCUAUUACUCAGUUGUCUCCAGCAGUUGGUCAGAAACCUCCAUUCCAGUCAGGGAUGCAUUAUGUUCAGGACAAGUUAUUUGUUGGAUUGGAACAUGCUGUACCUACGUUCAAUGUGAAGGAGAAGGUGGAAGGGCCUGGUUGCUCCUAUUUGCAGCACAUUCAGAUUGAAACGGGUGCCAAAGUCUUUCUUCGUGGCAAAGGCUCAGGUUGCAUAGAGCCAGCAUCGGGCAGAGAGGCUUUUGAACCCAUGUACAUUUACAUCAGUCACCCAAAGCCAGAAGGUUUGGCAGCUGCUAAAAAGCUGUGUGAGAACCUAUUGCAAACCGUGCAUGCUGAGUACUCUCGGUUUGUGAACCAGAUAACCACUGCAGUACCCCUAGCAGGCUUCACACAGCCUGCCGCUAUCAACAGCGUACCUUCCCAGCCCUCCUAUUACCCUUCCAAUGGCUACCAGUCUGGUUAUCCUGUGGUUCCUCCUCCUCAACAACCAGUUCAGCCACCGUAUGGGGUACCAGGCAUAGUACCACCUGCAGUACCUUUGGCACCUGGAGUCUUAACAACGCUACCUACAGGAGUUCCGCCUGUGCCAACGCAGUAUCCCAUAUCUCAAGUACAGCCUCCAGCCAGCACUGGCCAGAGCCCACUGAGUGGUCCUUUCCUUCCUGCUGCCCCGGUUAAAACCACCCUGCCGACUGGUUCACAGCCCCAAGUCCAACCCCAUCCCCAGGGUCAAAAGCGACGCUUCACUGAGGAGCUGCCAGAUGAGAGGGAGUCAGGACUGCUGGGAUACCAGGUACAGGCUUCUCCAGUCAGAGUGAACUCGAUGGAGCCGGGUCGAAGGCAGCAAGUUCCUCAGGAAAGGAGAGAGAGAGGGACAGGCAGUUGAUGCCUCCGCCAGCUUUUCCUGUCACUGGGAUGAAAUCGGACUCUGAAGACAGAAAUGGUGCGGGGUCUUUACCAGGCAACCAUGGUGAGUGCAGUGAAUGAGAGACACUUGUAAGUCAAGUUUCCUUUCCCAUAUGGGUUCACGCUGGUCUUAACGUGUUUAAAGCAGUGGGGCUUCUUUUUGGCUCUUUAGACUGUCUAGACGGAAAGCAGCUCAUGCUGCACUGCUCUAAACCCACUGUGAUUAAACACAGGAUGCUUCUCUUAGAGCCUCAAUAAAUACCUGUAUGGAUGAGGAGAGUGUAAUGGACUGAAGGACAGGUGUUUUUGACCCAGAGGCACACGAUCUCCUAGGCUUGUUUUGUAACACGGAUGUCCUGUGGCUUUACUUUGUGAACAGCUCUCUCUAGAGGCACUGUCGGUGGGAGUUGUGGUUCAGGUGUGUAUGCACAGACACGAGCUGUGUCUGCAAAGGACACAAGUGCUCUCGGAGCUCAUCCUCUCGUAGGGCUGGGUUUGCAGCUUGGUAAAACAUGGCAUCACUCGAACUCUUGGGGUCGGUUGGUGCCUGGCAGGCCUGCAGGUGCCUCACGUUAGGCCUCUUUAACGGCAGUUUCUCUGCAGUAUUGCUCCCAGAGGUUGUCCUUCUGUGAGCUUGCUUUUGAGCUAAGGUCCUCCUUUUCUUGACGCGUUGAUCUCUGUAACGGUGACGUUGCCAUCGCUGACGCCCAGUUGCUAACUUGCCCUUUCUUGUGUGUUUCUUUCUUCUUUCUCUGUUCUCUUACAUGGUUCUGAUGGAUCACAUGUGCUGUUGCUGCUGGUGUUUCGUGUGGCCUUCGACCUUGGAUGACCAUUGGCCUUGUGACCUCAAAAUGGUGUCCAACUAACGAUUUACAAUUAACGUCUUUUUUUAUUAACUCGUUUUGGGGCAUUUUUAUCUCUUUUUGGUUUGAUUUUUUUCCCUUCUCGGGGGCUGGGGGGGUGUGUGUUUUGUUUUCCCCUCCUAGAUCAUCAAGCAAAGAAGAUGAAAACUGCAGAAAAGGGCUUUGGUUUAGUGGCAUAUGCUGGAGAUUCAUCAGAUGAAGAGGAGGAACAUGGGGGCCAUAAAACCGCAAGUACCUUUUCACAGGGCUGGAGUUUGGGGUACCAGUACCCGUCCUCACAACAGCGAG